CUGACCGCCGGUACCGUGCUGCUGCCUCGCUGCUCUCCUCACUUUCUCCACUGUGCCUGCAUCCACGGGAGUAGCUUAUUUUAGCCUCUUCUGAUCAUCCAACUGAGCUGAGGCAGUCCGACCUGAGCCAAAUCCUCGCCCCGGGGAGAGAAAGGUUUUACCCUGUCUGAGGAGGUUGCUGCUGCUGUUACUCCACAUCAAGGCCUCCACCACCCUUCCUCCCCCUCCGCCAGCGCGGGGCAGCCACAGAAGCGUUGGCCCGAUUCCAGGGAGGCUCAGAUCCUGCAGCCACGUCAAUCACGUCUUCACCGCUGGCUGCAGGGCGGCCCUCGUGGCCGGGAUGCCACUGUGUGCCGUGUCAGUCCACAGUGAACGGUGAGGGGACGGAGGAGGGGACGGAGUGCAGGAGACUGAAGGGAGGCGGCACGCACCAACCGGGAGAAAUGAACCUCUGCUGGAACGAGAUCAAACGCAAGUCCCACAACAUCCGGGUGCGUCUAGAGGCCUUCUCAGACAACAGUGGGAAGCUGCAGCUCUCUCUGCAGGAGAUCAUAGAAUGGCUGACAGCCAAGGACGAGGAGCUGUCGGAGCAGCUGCCCAUAGGAGGCGACGUGGGGGCCGUCCAGCACCAGAGGGAGUUCAACCAGGCCUUCAUGGAGGAUGUCAAGUCGCGCGGGCCGUUCAUCUACUCAGUUUUGGAGUCUGCCCAGGCCUUUCUGGCUCAGCAUCCCUUCCAGGAACCAGAGGAGACCCUGACCGAUGGAAAAGAGGUGUCUCCACACCGGCGAAUCCUAAAUGUGAGCCGCUCGGUGUGGAAGCAGGCGAACGUGGCCAGUGACCUGUGGGAGAAGCUGACGGCUCGCUGUGUGGACCGCCAUAGACACAUGGAGAGGACACUAGAGCGUCUCCUGCAGAUCCAGGCAGCGAUGGAGGAGUUGGCAGUUGCCCUGGAGCAGGCUGAGGGGGUGAGGGACGCCUGGGAGCCCGUCGGAGACCUCUUCAUCGACUCUCUGCAGGACCAUAUAGACGCGACCAAGUUAUUUAAGGAGGAGCUUACCCAGGUGAAGGAGGGCAUGAAGCACAUCAAUGAUCUUGCCCACCAGCUGGCUAUCUCAGAUGUACAUUUGUCGAUGGAUAACGCCCGAGCUCUGGAGCAUCUCAACAGCAGAUGGAAAGUGCUGCAGGCUUCCAUAGAGGAGCGGUUGAAGCAGCUCCAAGAUGCACAUAGAGACUUUGGCCCCGGAUCCCAGCACUUCCUUUCCAGUUCAGUGCAGAUACCGUGGGAGCGUGCAAUCUCCCCGAACAAAGUGCCCUACUACAUCAACCAUCAGGCCCAGACAACGUGCUGGGACCAUCCAAAGAUGACAGAACUUUACCAAGCACUGGCGGAUAUGAACAACAUCAAGUUCUCUGCAUACAGAACAGCCAUGAAGUUGCGGAAAGUUCAGAAGACGCUAAGAUUGGAUUUGGUGGCGCUGAGCAGCCUUGUGGAUGUGUUUCGGGAGCAGGAGUUGCAGCAGGGGGAGCAUGUGAUGGACGUGGUGGAGAUGAUACACGGUUUGACGUCACUUUACGAGAGGCUAGAGGAGGAGAGGUCCGUCCUGGUCAACAUUCCCCUUUGCGUCGACAUGUGUCUCAACUGGCUGCUCAACGUCUACGACAGUGCUCGUAAUGGGAAAAUGCGUGCUCUCAGCUUCAAGAUGGGAUUGGUGAGCUUGUGCAAUGCAGACGUCCAAGAGAAGUAUAAAUAUUUAUUUCGUCAGGUGUCUGGUGCUGGAGGUUUGACCGACCAGCGUCACCUCAGCCUGCUGCUCCAUGAAGCCAUCCAGAUCCCCCGCCAGCUGGGUGAAGUCGCUGCUUUCGGGGGCAGCAACGUGGAGCCCAGCGUCCGCAGCUGCUUCCGAGUGGCCCCUGGGAAACCUGCCAUCGAGGUGUCUCACUUUCUGGAGUGGAUGAGCCUGGAACCCCAGUCGAUGGUUUGGCUACCUGUCCUUCACCGUGUGGCCGCUGCAGAGUCCACCAAGCACCAGGCCAAAUGCUAUGUCUGCAAACAGUGUCCCAUCAAGGGCUUCAGGUAUCGCAGUCUGAAGCAGUUCAAUGUGGACAUCUGCCAGACAUGUUUUCUAACCGGCCGCACUACCAAGGGAAAGAAGCUGCACUACCCCAUCAUGGAGUACUACACACCAACGACCUCGGGGGAAAAGAUGAGGGACUUUGCCAAGACUCUGAAGAAUAAAUUCAGGUCAAAGCAGUACUUCACCAAGCACCCUCAGAGAGGUUACCUGCCAGUGCAGUCUGUACUGGAGGCGGAGAGCACAGAGACGCCGUGCUCCUCCCCAAAGCUUCCCCAUGCAGACACACACAGCAGGAUUGAGCAUUAUGCCAGCAGAUUGGCGGAAAUGGAGAGCCAGAAUUGUUCAUUCUUCACCGAUAGCCUUUCUCCUGAUGAAAGUCUGGAUGAAGAUCAGUACCUCCUGCGUCACUCCAGCCCAGCCCUGGACCAUGACUCCCCCUGCGGACAACACAUGCUGCUGGCCCACCUCGAGCACCAGGACAAGGAGCAGCUCCAGUGCACCCUGGCCCGCCUGGAGAACGAGAACAGGGUGCUGCAGAGCGAGUACAGGAGGCUCAAGUGGAAGCACGAGGAGGCGGCGUCUGUUCCCAUGCUGACCGAGGCUGGAGAGGGCGGCCCAGGUUCACCUACUGAGGGAGGGCCGCAGGAUGAGGAGCUACUGGCCGAGGCACGGGUCCUCCGGCAGCACAAAACGCGCCUGGAGACUCGCAUGCAGAUCCUGGAGGACCACAACAAGCAGCUGGAGUCCCAGCUCCGCAGGCUCAGGGAGCUACUGCUACAGCCCAAAGAUGACUCGGAGGCCAACGGAUCAGAGCCGUCGACCCUGUCUUCUCCCGUGUCUGGAGGGGGUCACCACGGAGAGCAUGCGAGCAGAGAGACCACUGACACUGAAGCAGCAGGAGAUGAUUUGGUGCACGAACAGGAUACGGUGCUGCAGCUCCAGGAAGUAAUCGAGCAGCUAAGAAACGUCUUCCCUUCAGAACCGGGCACCACCUCACACAUCUAACCCCAAGUGGACCUGGAGGAGCAGAGUGAAAACCUGUAAAGGACGCCUGAUGGCAGAGGGAGGAGCUCCAUAUGGCUGAGGUCGGCCUCAGUACACCAGGCCCUGCGACCACUGCAGCAGCUAUGAUACCCAGAGCUAACCCUCAACUGGAAUCUGUGCACUAAAAGCCUUUUUCAUGCUAACUGCUAAAGGCUAACGCUGAUGUCCGUUUGGCCAGGCUGUGCUUCAUGACUUCAGGGGUGCAGCCUGACACCGUGUUAACCAGCCAAAGGAAACUAACGUUAGCAGCAGGUCAGGGAGACACUAAAGUAAAGUGACAUACCCAGCCAAGACACUGUGCUUACCAGUAUAUGUGUAGUCGUUCGGAGGUGUGAAGCUUUAUAUGUCCACAGCACAAAUUGGACCUCCCGUGAGGAGAUCUUUUAAAAAAAUGCAAAAAGGAAUAAGAAGUAUAUCCCCUUGUUUUGUCAAAA